AUGCGGUUUUCCGACUACGUAGCGUCCCUGGCCUUGCUCGGGAGCACUACGGUGUCGGCCUUUGGCCGUCAUUCCUCCCACCAAGGACUGUUGCAAAUGUCCCCUUCCUUUGCGAAAGAGGGAGUCAGCCUAUACCCUGCGCUUCACCCGGAUCACGACGCCACAGAUCUCAACCAUCUGAUCCCUGAGGUCUCGAAGCGCCUGCAUUUCAGUCAAGAAGGACAUCGCCUCGUUUUGGAGCACUCCAGCCAUAUUGACGAUGUGGUCUGCACCGAGCGUCAGAUUCAGGUUUUUUUCAAGACGAAAGAGGCUCUUAACACAGUGGAGCAACACUGGCAAGAGGCGACUACAGCCCAAGGAUUUAACCUGAUUACUUAUCACAUCGAUUGCGGUCAUCUUACCGGUGAACACCGUUCUUUCUUUCGUGCAUCCCGGCCAAGGGUGGAGGGCAACUCUAUCACAGUGACCACCCACCUGAUUGAUGAGAACGAUGCGAUCCAUGGAGGUAAUUUGGAGUGGGGAACAUACCAGAAGCCGAAUUUAGCAAAACGUCAGCUUGUCAAAGGACAUGUUCGCGCGUCCCGGGCGCAAGAAGUGAUCGUGGAUGGGGAAGGUGGUAAUGCAACUGUAGAUAUCACCAAGGAUCAAGGAGCAUUCAAGGAAUUCUUUCCCGGAUUGAACAGCUACGGCUUCACAGACGUACCCGAUGAAGGAACCUAUGGAGGUGGAUUCUUGGAUUAUGAUGGCUUUGAGCAGGAUGACCUUGCUCGACGAGGUUUAUUUUCCUGGAUUAUCAAUGGGAUCAAGGCUCUGAUUGAUUUAGUUGCCUUCCAGGUUGAGGCACAAAUUAGGUUGAUUAUCACUAUCGCCAAGGCCAUGAUUAUCAUUGCAGCGACAACUGUAAAGCUCCUUCUGGUGCCUUUCGGAUUCCCUUUCGAUCAGGAGUAUCAUGCGGACAUUAACUUCAAUCACUAUGUACCCAAGUGGAUUGGUAUUGGGUCCGACCCCGCCACCACGAUCGCUGGUGCGGUUGCGAACUCGAACAUUCCCGGUACAGUUGCUGGAGUCGAAGACGCAAUCAAGAAGGGCCUCAUCACGGAGGAUGAGGCAAUAAGCUCUGGUCUGAAGGGGAAAGACCUCAAGGACAGUCUGGAGGCGGUAUAUUCAAAAUCUGGCGGAUCAUUAUAUCUCAACUGCGACGCCUGUGGCACCAAGGGAAGCUUUACCUUUGAAGGCAAACUUGCCUUCAGUAUCGCCGACGGUCUCACUAAGGCUCAGGUCUCCUUAAUCAACAAUGAGGAGUUUGUGCUGGAAGCCAUCUUUGGUUUAAAACUACAGGGCCGGGCUAUCGGAGAAGGUGGAACAGGCGCAAACGGCAAACAGGGACUGAAAAGCACGGUAUCCAAACAGAUUGCCAGCAUCCCUCUCAGCCCACUUUAUAUUCCAGGGCUACUCACUAUCGGGCCGCAGGUAGUGGUAGAACCACAGGCCAGUCUCUAUGCGGACGGAUCUAUUGACAUUAAAGCUGGUCCGAGAUUCACCAUCUCACCCGGCAACGUGACGUUGGAUGCAAAGAGCCCCGACCAGAAUGUUGCUCAAGGCUGGGAGCCUCAUUUUGAAUUUGUCUUUGACCCGAGCGCUAGUAUUGUGGUGACAGCCGAUUUGGCAUUGCAAGUUGGCAUUGAAGUCGCUUUGGAUGUGCUUACUGGAACCUACAAAACAUCAGCAGGAAUCUACACGGCCCCCUCAGUCUACCUUACUGCGGAGUACUCGAAGAAUAAAAAGUCUGACGACACGGAAGAACUCAAAGCUUGCGACAGUGGGAUAGAGCUCCGAGCUGGGGCAAAAAAUCGCGUCUACAGUUCCGUUUUCGGGUUGAGGGAAUGGGAGUUCAAGGAAUUGGGAACAACGUUUGCAGAUGUUGGUCUCGGUUGUAUUCACCCCGACCGCGAACAGGUGUGGUCCUCCAAAGACGUGGAGAAGACCAAGGUGUUGGAUGGGUAUGGCUUCGAGACUGGCGUUGGAAAAGAGGUUAGCAAACAAUUGAACGGCAUGAUUGCGUCCAAAAAAUCGAUGAAUGUCACCUCACCGGACAAGAUCGAGUUGGGCGACCAACAUGCCACCGCGUUGAAGCACAAGGGUAAACAAGGAAACACCGAGAAGAUGCCCCAGACUCAUGGAUUCCGAGUGGUUCAGGAUGCUGAAAUGACGGCCACUCUCGUCUCGGGAACGGAUGGGAGAGUUUACAUGAGCGACAACUCGGCCGAUCACGACCUCAGCGCACCCUGGGGCGCUCUGGACGUGAAGAAGGAGCAGUUCAGCUACGACGUCUUUGGCCGCCUCAUGUGGUUUAACUCCACCCGCCUCAAGAAUAUGGACUCAGGGAUGGUGGAAAUCGGCGUCGCUUCUGCCGAAAAGAUGCCCAUGGGUGUCAGUACUGCUUCAUUCAAGGUCAUUAGGGACGAAGGUGGCAAGACCAACGAUGGCAAGGAAAGCUUCGCCAUGGCUCUAAAUGCCAGUAUGUUAGAAGAUGUGAAAGAUGGAAGGCCAGAGUGGCUUUGGUACCCUACCGUGUGCCGAAUCCCUAAUCGCGGACUUCAGCUUUUUGCAUCCGAAUACAUCAUCAACGAAAAGGGAGGAGCUGGUUCUGAUGAAGGACCUAGUGAAUUGAGAUCAAUUUAUAAUUAUCAUUAUGGGUGGAGUUUCUGGAAAUUAGGCCUCCCAAAAUUAACAAAGGAAAAGAAGAAACACGGCUCGGGGAAGAAGAAGCAUAAGGAUCCCAAAAAUUUUGAAAGCUGGUUUGGUGGUAAACAUUCAAAAAAACAACUUAGCGCCUGUCGGACAGUGAGAUUGAUUUCAGGCCUCAAAAAGAAAGGCUAGGACGGUCUCGUACCGGAUUUGAUCAAGGAUGCGGGAGAGAUGGCAAAGGGAGCUGUGGGAGCUGGUAAUAAAACAGUGGAAGCAUUCUAAUAUAGAUUCAGGCAUGUUGAAAAUAUCUGGGUG